AUGCCCCGAGGAGGUAUCAAGAGGCUUCGCACGGGGUGCCACACAUGCAAGAUAAGGAAAAUCAAGUGUGAUGAGGCUCGACCUGAGUGCGAGCGCUGCACCAGCACAGGACGGAAAUGUGACGGCUUCUCUCCUGUAUUCCAAUGGAAAACGUACAAAGUAUCAACGCCGGCGACUGUGCCAUCUCCUAGCCGGGGCUCUUGUCACACUGAGGAGGCUCGUGCUCUGCAUUUCUUCCAGCUCGGCGUCGCGCCCUGGCUGUCCGGCCCAUACCCGUCCUCUUUCUGGACUCACACCAUCCUGCAGAUUGGGACUCAUGAGCCAGCCAUCCGGCGCAGCGUUGUCGCAAUGAGUUUGUUGUAUGAAGACUUCAUAGGUAAUGGUAGGCUGAUGCCUCAACUACGGCACAAUAUGACAGCACUUCGGCACUACAAUGCAGCCAUACAUGAGCUCAAAGACCUCACGGACGCCCAUCUGAUCCUGUUAGCAUGUUUGUUGUUUAUAUGCAUCGAGCUGAUGCAAGGGAGCGAAAGCAAGGCUCUGGGCCACCUCGAAGCCGGGCUCCGCAUCAUACGAGCAACACCAGGACUCCGUCCGUGGGUGCGAGACACACUGCUGCCGCUUUACCAGCGACAGUCGAUCCUGCUCCUGAAGUUUGGUCGUCGAGACGAGGUAGAUGCACUAGCUCGACCACUCCAUGUCGAUGCAGACUUUUCAACCCUGGAGGAUGCAAGAGUUAUGACCGAUGAACUGUAUCUUCAGAUAUUCCAACUCGUAGCUGAUGGAGCAGAGUAUCGUCACGGACGACUGCGACAUCAGCCAGUUCGCGCAGACCUGACCGCAAAACAACACGAGCUUCAAUGCGUGACCCAGAGAUUUCGAGACAAGGUUGUUCCGUUGGGAACUUAUUGUCCACAAUCCGACGAUCACAGAUUAAUGUAUCUCGGCAGUCUCGUAACUCUGGACCUGUGCCAAAUCGGGUUGUUGACGGCAUUCGAGACCUCCGAAAUGAGAUUUGACCAGCUUCUCCCAUCCUAUCGGCACAUAGUUGCACACAUGGAAGAGAUUGGUACAUCCAUGAUUCGGCGCAAUGGUGGCUCCCCAGACCGGCCCGUGUUCCAGCUCGAGACGGGAUACCUCACGAAUAUACUAGCUGUCAUUCUUAAAUGCCGUCAUCUUCCCACCAGACUUCAAGCCUACUCAUUGCUUAGGCAAUACGGUUCCACGCGGCAAGGGCUUUGGGAGACAGACAAGAUGUGCUCGAUAUGCAAGCGCGUCAUAGAAAUCGAGCACGAUAUAGCCUGGUAUGGGCUUGAGACACCGAUGGAGAUGGGUAGAUGGAACGAGUGGCCCCAGAAGGAAGCCAGGGUUUGUCACAUUAUCCAAGACUACAAACCGAAUUUCGACAACGGGGAGUCUCAUUCGUUAUAUCCAUUGAUGUUCAUCAUGCGCGAUGGACAGGGCCAGGUUUAUUAUUUAGACGACGCAAUCACUGUUAGUUAA